AUGAAACCAAUUGAAGAAUAUCGUAGAAAUUAUGAAACACCGAAUGCAUCAUUGUUAGAAAGGAAACAUUACAUAGAUGAUUUGGUCUUGAAAUUAAGAGACUUGGCCAAAAUUGAAGAGCUAGCAGGUAGUCUGAAUCAAAAGUCAAAAAAUGACUAUAUUUCAAUUAUGAUCCACCAUGGUUUUUAUCAUGAAAUAGCUGGCUUAGAAACUAGUGAUUUGGAUUUGUUUGAACAGAUUAGUCAUUUUAUGAAGUUGCUUUUAGAAUUCGCAUUGAAAUUGCGUGAAGCUGGAGAAAAAUGCCAAGAUACAGAGUAUGAUGUUAUUGCAAUUGGUGAAAUUUUGGGGUAUCAUUUAUUUACAUUUACUCAGCCUUACCAACAUCAGUAUCAGAUAAUCGGAUACAAACUCACUUAUCUUCAUCGAUUCAUUACAGAGACUUUGAAGUUUUGUCAAGACUUUCCACUUCAAAUUUUCCAAAUCUGGUUACCUAUAGAUCAACUAAACACUAGUUUGCUUGCGUCUAACUUUACAAAUUAUGUGAACCAACUAGCAUCAUAUGACGAUAAAUUACCGAUUUUCAACAUUUUGAAAUCGAUGCUUCUUUAUAACCACCAGUAUCAAGAAGAAUGCUGUUCAAACUGGGUCAAAUUAAAUCACUUGACUAAAAAAUCCCCAGAAUUAGAAGAAUACCUCAUGAACAGAACUGACUUAAUUGAACAUUUCUUGAAAUUGUAUUAUGCAAAUUUAUUCCAGCUGAAUAAUAACUCUGAUCCAGAAAAUCAGAAAAUCCUUACAAGACUAUUAUUACCCACAAUGGAAUUUUGUAGUACUGAUAUCCGACAUGUUUACUAUAAUGAAAUAUUUAUAAAAAGAUUUGAAUAUGCAAUGAGUAAUUAUCGUAUUGAUGUCGACAAAUUAGUCAAUUCAAUCCUCACAGCUUUUCAAGAAAUCGACACCCCGGAAAUUUUACAACAAUUUAUAACAAACGAAGCAAUGUUGAAAUACAUGAUUUGUAAAUUCGAAAAAAGACAGUUGCAUUUGAAUCAAUUGUUGAAUCAUUUAACUUUUAUAAUGGAAAAACGAGAUCCUGCACUAAUCGAACUACUAGGUAUCCAGGAUCAUUCAACAAACCAGACACUCCAAGCAAUGUCAAAUGUGGCUACACAAACAAUGAAUAUAGUCGAAAAUAAUACCAACAUAGUGUCCUCACGAUACAAGCAAAUCAUUAUGCAACAUUCCUCCGCAAUAAAGGCAAACCGAUUUGACGCAAAGUUACCAUUCUCCAAUUCUUUUCUUAAAUUGCUACUACAGUUCUUUCAUCAUUCGCCGGAGUUAAACGAGUCCUUGGUUCAUUUUAUGUCACAAUUUGUCAUGAAAUUCAAUGUACUUGAUAAUCCACCAUUCAUGAUCAUAAUCACAUAUUUAUAUGCAAGUUUCGAUACCUACCAAGAACAAUGGCGAAAAUUCGAAAAUUAUAGAUUCGACUCUAUUGAAUUGAAAAAGUUGCAAAAUAUACCAGUAAUAAUACCAGGGGACGAGCUCUUAAAACGGUAUGAUGUUCCAUCAAUGAAAUAUCUCAAUUAUCAAACUUUACCUAGAAAUUUACAACUAUUCAAGUCUAUCAUAAUUGACUUGUACGUUUGCUGUAAAUUAAGAAUAAUUAUUAAAGAUCAAGUUUAA